AUGAGCAAAGAACAAAGCACUGUUUUCAGGGCAUGGGAGGCCACGAUACGCAAGACUCAAGCUGCGAAGAAACGAGCAAAUAGCAUCUUUGGAACGAUCUCUAUAGCUCAUGCCGAGGAUGAUAAUGAUGAUGACAAUGAUAAUAGAAACUUGGCGGAGCCUUAUCAUGCUGAGAAGAUUUUGCCUAAUGGGGAUUAUUAUACAGGGCAAUGGUAUGAUAAUUUCCCUCAUGGACAAGGCAAAUAUUUAUGGACCGACGGGUGCAUGUAUGUCGGCGAGUGGUACAAGGGAAAAACGAUGGGGAGAGGAAGGUUUAGUUGGCCUUCUGGAGCUACGUACGAGGGAGAAUUUAAGAGUGGAUAUAUGGAUGGAAUUGGUACAUAUACCGGGUCUAAUGGGGAUACAUAUAGAGGACAAUGGGUCAUGAACAUGAAACAUGGUCAUGGCUUAAAGCAUUUUUCGAAUGGAGACUGGUAUGAUGGCGAAUGGCGCCGCGGAUUUCAAGAGGGAAAUGGGAAAUAUGAAUGGAAGAAUGGUAACCAUUAUGUUGGUGAAUGGAAGAAUGGUUUAAUGUGUGGUAAGGGUGGUUUUGUGUGGACAAAUGGGAAUAAGUUUGAUGGAAAUUGGGAAGAUGGUUUGCCUAAAGGGAAUGGAACAUUCAAAUGGAUUGAUGGGAGUUUUUAUGUGGGGAAUUGGAGUAAGGAUCCAAGUGAACAAAAUGGGACUUAUUAUCCUUCAGAGUCAUCCGUAGAAGGUCUUGAAUGGGAUCCUCAGGAGGUGUACAAGGUUCAUUUGUCUGAUUCUCAGGUUUGUCCCGGGGAGAGGGUUUCAGUAUUGCCAUCUCAGAAGAAGCUUGCAGUUUGGAAUUCAUCGAAAGGCGGUGGAGACAAGCCCAGGAGGAUGUCUGUUGAUGGGAGGGUAAGUGUGGGCAUAGAGAGGGCAUUUGAUAGGAUGAAUAUGUGGGAGGGAGAGGAUAAUACUAGUACUUCUGGUGACCGUGGGAGAUUUUCGGAUGCUGAUUUAUUGGGUCUAAAUGUUGAGGAAGGGAUUCCAAAGAUGAUGCCAAUUAUGAGAUUACCGAAAACUUGUAAGAGACAAGGAGAGACAAUAUCCAAAGGGCAUAAGAAUUAUGAACUUAUGCUCAAUCUACAGCUAGGAAUCAGGCAUUCUGUUGGAAGACCUGCUCCCUCUGCAUCCCUAGACCUGAAGGCUUCAGCUUUUGAUCCUAAGGAAAAAGUAUGGACCAGAUUUCCUCCAGAAGGAAGCAAAUACACUCCGCCGCACCAGUCAACGGAAUUCAAAUGGAAGGACUACUGCCCAUUGGUUUUCAGGACUCUGAGGAAACUGUUCAAGGUGGAUCCAGCAGAUUACAUGCUAUCCAUCUGCGGAAAUGACGCGCUUCGGGAGCUCUCAUCUCCUGGAAAAAGUGGUAGUUUUUUUUACUUGACGAAUGAUGAUCGAUACAUGAUAAAGACAAUGAAAAAAUCAGAAGCAAAAGUGCUAAUAAGGAUGCUUCCUGCCUAUUACAACCAUGUCAGGUCCUAUGAGAACACCUUAGUGACCAAAUUUUAUGGUCUGCAUUGUGUUAAGUUAAAUGGGACUGCUCAGAAGAAGGUACGCUUCAUCAUCAUGGGAAAUCUCUUCUGUUCUGAAUAUACCAUCCAUAGACGAUUCGACCUGAAAGGAUCUUCCCUUGGUCGAACCACGGAUAAGCCAGAAUCGGAGAUUGAAGCAACCACUAUCCUCAAAGACCUUGAUCUGAACUUCAUAUUCAGACUACAGAAAGCUUGGUUUCAAGAGUUUUGCAGGCAAGUGGAUAGGGACUGUGAGUUUCUUGAACAGGAGAGAAUUAUGGACUAUAGUCUUUUGGUGGGUCUUCAUUUUAGAGAAGUAUCACCAAACGGAGAUCUGAUUACCUCUGGAAUGCGGACACCUCCAGGCGAAACUGAAAGUGACGAUGGACCUCGCCUUUCGAGAGCAGAUAUGGAUCAGCUUCUUCUAGACCCUGACAUGUGGUCUCGAAUCAAAUUGGGUAUAAACAUGCCAGCACGAGCUGAAAGAACAGUAAGAAGAAGUGAUUGUGAGUAUCUUCUUGUAGGAGAGCCAACUGGAGAGCUUUAUGAAGUUGUAAUGUUCUUUGGUAUAAUUGACAUACUUCAAGACUAUGACAUUAGCAAGAAGCUAGAGCAUGCAUACAAGUCCAUCCAAUAUGAUCCAACCUCAAUUUCAGCGGUCGAUCCUAAGCAGUAUUCAAGGCGAUUUCGUGAUUUCUUACUCAAAAUUUUUGAGGAAGAAAUUUGAAGGUUUAACAUUGAAACCACCAGUAUCUUACAAGUCUUGUGUCAUUGGUUGCCAGCGGAAGGCCUGUCCCUGCCAAUCUAUGAUUCAGGCUGUAAUUUGUUGUUGCAUGUUCAAGUGUGAUAAUGGGAGUCUAGUUUCGAGUUAUCGCAUCGAUUUGUUCAUUCCUUCUCUGCUUUCUAUGUAAUUAGGUAUAUAUUAUGCACCUUGGUAAAGCAAGUUCAUGAUCACACGGAGUGGUGUAAAAAGAUACAUAUUGCCUACCCCAACUAGUUGGGGAUCAAGGCUUUGUUGUUGUUGUUGGCAAGUUAUAGCAAAAUGUUAUAGUCAGGAGAUGGGCAAAUAGACUCCAGCCGUGUAACUUUUUUACUUCAUAUUCGUUUCUGAUCAAUUCUUCUCUCUUAAAAAAA